UUACAUUUGCGCCUCUGUGUUUCAGUAGUUUGAGUGGAGAAAGUAAUGAAGAUGGAAGGAGCUGGUGAAUAAUUCAGCAAAUUUCUAGAGUUGCGGUGUGAUAGACGUUUAUUCGCCACAUUAUUGAAGAAUUAUACAAGUGAAAAGACGGAUAGCAUGUAGAAGUGCCUCCACUGCAGAUGAGGGAACAUGUUGGCUAUGGAUCAAGGAGUGGUGGAGGAAUGGCUGUCAGAAUAUAAGACACUCCCAGACAGUGCUGUUUCCUCCUAUGCUGCCUCUCUGAAGGACAAAGGCGCUCUGGUCCCUGCACUUUACAAAGUCAUCCGAGAGAACUAUAGUGAUUUGCUGGAGCCAGUGUGCCAUCAAUUGUUUGAGUUUUAUCGGAGCGGUGAGCCACAGCUGCAGCGCUUCACCCUCCAGUUUCUGCCUGAGCUCCUGUGGAGUCUGCUGUCCGUCAGCGCCGCCAGGGACCCACACACCUCCGGUUGCAUAGAGGCCCUGCUGCUGGGCAUUUACAACCUGGAAAUAGUUGACAAAGAUGGACAGAGUAAAGUGUUAUCAUUCACUGUCCCCUCUCUCUCCAAACCUUCAGUGUAUCAUGAGCCUUCAACAAUUGGCUCCAUGGCUCUCACUGAAGGUGCUUUAGCCAAUCAUGGGCUGGCCAGAGUAGUGUACAGUGGGCCACACUUGCAAAGAGAAACCUUCACUGCACAGAACAGAUUUGAAGUUCUGACCUUCUUGCUGCUGUGCUACAAUGCUGCGCUGAGCUACAUGAGCAUGACUUCACUGCAAUCUCUCUGUCAGCUCAGCUCCAGAGUAUGUAUUUGUGGUUACCCACGCCAGCAGAUGCGACGAUAUAAAGGCAUUAGCACCCGUAUGACCGUUACGUCAGAGUUUCUGGUUCAACUCAUCACUGGGAUCCACUAUGCUUUGUGUAACGGUGAAGUGGAGCUUGGAUCCAAAGCCCUGGAUGAUGUUCUGUACAGAGCCCAGCUAGAAUUGUUCCCUGAAGCACUUUUGGUGGGUAAUGCCAUCAAGUCGUCUCUGCAUGGAGCAGCUUUGAAAAACAAUACAAAAGAUGGUGGCAGGAGUAUCCAGGUCGAGAUCACGCCGACAUCCUCCAGGAUUUCCCGUAAUGCUGUCACGUCCCUCUCAAUCAGGGGCCACAGGUGGAAACGACAUGACGCAGUGGAUUUGGGUUCCCCGGAUGAGCUGAUGGAUAUCUCAGAGGUUGAUGAAGGAGUGUGGCCAGGAGGAGUGGGACCUGAAACAACACCUACCAUCACUAUUAGCAACAGUGUGACCACUUUGAAUCUUGGGGCUAAAGCUAUGAAGAAAUGUCGGCUUAGUAGUCGCACAAACAAAGACAAGGAGACUGCACCACAAAUUACAAACCGGGCAAACAGUGAGAAUGUGGAGCUGACCGUGAAGCGGCUGACCCUCACCUCCAGCCAGUCAGUCCCAAAGGGAGGAACGCUCACCAGUCUUACCCGCACUGCCAGUGCUGUGUUCUCCCGUUCCUUUGAGCAGGUGGCCAGUGGCAAUGCUCCUAACACUAACCAUACCGCCUCUGAAGCAGGACGCUACUCAUGCAGCCUGCAGGAGGAAGGCCUGGGCUACCUCAGUCCCGGGCCCAACCAUACACAGCGUUCUCCCAGCAUUAGCGUCCAUCUCGGCUCUGAUCUUUAAAAAAUGCUGGGACAUUUGACUGCCCACCACAUGCCUCACAAAGUGUGACCCUGCACCUGUGAUCUGGAACUCCAAGCCAUGCCAACUGCACCAACAACCAUGUAAACGCUCCUGCUACUUUAUCACUCCAGUUAAAUGUCUCAAUUUACAACCCUGCAUCAUUUAGACAUCUACACUGUAUGUCAUAUCUCAGAAGUCAUAUAUAUCACCUGGUGAGCCUGAUACAGCAGGAUGUCAUAUGGUGUAUUGCAGUACAAUUGUGCCACAAAAACUGUUCUCAGCUGCAGCUAUUGGGUGUCCUUACAACUCCAAACUGUAUUUGACAGUGUAUUUGAAGUCACUGCCCUGCAUGGCUUUCCCAUAUACCCAUUUUGACAGCUGUCAGUGGGCAAAAUGACUGUGAGAGCAUGUAUGUGUGUAUGGUUAUGUACUGUAUGUUUCUAUGUCUGUUUUUAAAAUCAAGGCUGCUGAUCGAUACAAUAAAUGUAUCAUCCUCCUAGUGUUUAUACGAUUUUUGGAGAAAUAACCCAUAGCAAUACAAGUCUUAGUAUUUUCCAUCUUUUUGGGAAGAUUAUCUGUGUUCUUUAUCAAAUACUGCUGUGCUUUACUGCUAAAUAUACAAAGAAUAAUUACUGCUAACUAAUCAUCAGACCUGACAUAAUGGUGUUUAAUGUUUACAAUCAGACAGUACCAUAAAAUAAAGCAAUAUUAGUUUAUUCUGGUCUUAGCACAUUUUCCUAAUUCAUUUGACAAAUAAGUAGGUGUAGAUUUUGGAGAAGACAACUGUAACAUUUUUACAUGGUAAAUUUUGCACUCAAGAGAGCUAAGAAUUGUUUCCACUGUGGUAUUUUAUUAUGAUGAAUGGUGGGGUUGGAUCUGAUUUAUAGUUAGUUUCUAUAAGAUGGCUUUUAUGUGUGACUUUUUAUCCACCUUUUUUUUUACGUUUACAUUUUUGGAAUUGUAAAGAUGUACCAGCCCUAAUAUGAAUAAUAAACCCACUGGUACCUGGCACAUAGGACUUUUUCUGUAAAAAGCCCCACUGUAUUUUAGUGUGAGAAGAUGUCCAAAACAAGGAUACCCCCCCUUUUUUUUUGACCAGCUGCCACUCCACAUUUAAUACUGUAAUUUGGUGAGGUGUUCAGUUCUGUCUGCUUGUUGUUCCUGUAUCUUCAUUAGUUGAUGUUAAUUGGUUAUAUCCAUAAUGGAAAAUGGCUCAAGUGUGUACAUUUGAUGUUGUGAAAUCAAAACAUUGGUACAGACUUACCCUUGUUCAAAGUGUAUACCUGUCAGAUGUGCACUAACACAGUGUGUCAAUCAUAGUGUUUCUGUAUGCAGGCUUACAGAAUGUGCAUAAGCUCUUGUACGUCAAACCUUUAUGUUGUACUAAAGUUGGUUUAUACUGGCCUUUCUGUGUCUGAUAAGAAAACACUGAUGAGUCCUCUUGGAAUAAAGUGUUUGUACAUUA